UCAAGCUACUCGGAAUAAACCGUGCAACAGGAUUUUUACCGACUGAACAAGUGACAGAGCACCUUAACCACAUCAAACGUCCGUAAGGUAGUUGUUUUGUUGGCCGCACUAAGCGCCUCGAGCGCUUGGCUUGCGCUUGGCGCCAUGACGCCAUGACGCCAAAUAAGAAGAGUGGGGCGUCUGGCUGGAGUGUCAGAGUCAGACAGAACCGACAGAACGACAGAAGAAGAGAGGUCUUCAAAGCCCGUGACAAGAAAAAUAAUAAAAAGUUCGUAGCCAUGAAAAAAGUAUUGAUGGACAAUGAGAAAGAAGGGUUUCCCAUAACCGCAUUGAGAGAAAUCAGGAUACUGCAGUUGCUCAAACACGAGAAUGUCGUUAGUCUCAUUGAAAUCUGCAGAACAAAAGCUACCCAGUACAAUCGUUACAGAUCAACCUUCUAUUUGGUAUUUGACUUUUGCGAACAUGAUCUUGCGGGCCUCUUGUCCAAUGUGAAUGUCAAAUUCAGUCUGGGAGAAAUAAAAAAAGUGAUGCAGCAAUUGCUUAAUGGCCUUUACUACAUCCACAGUAACAAGAUUCUCCACAGAGACAUGAAGGCGGCUAAUGUAUUGAUAACAAAAAACGGGAUCCUGAAACUCGCGGAUUUUGGUCUGGCACGAGCAUUCAGCGCGAACAAGAGUGGUCAAGCGAAUCGUUAUACAAACAGAGUGGUGACCCUUUGGUACAGGCCUCCGGAACUUUUGCUCGGUGACCGAAAUUAUGGUCCACCCGUAGAUCUAUGGGGCGGUGGCUGCAUAAUGGCUGAGAUGUGGACAAGGUCACCAAUAAUGCAAGGCAACACGGAACAGCAGCAGCUAACCCUUAUAUCACAGCUGUGCGGCUCAAUUACGACUGAAGUUUGGCCUGGUGUCGAAACUCUCGAAUUGUUCAACAAAAUGGACCUCCCCAAGGGACAAAAAAGAAAGGUCAAAGAGCGGUUGAAACCGUACGUCAAGGAUCCAUACGCGUGCGAUUUGUUGGACAAAUUGUUGAUUCUUGAUCCGAGCAAACGUUUCGAUUCGGAUUCAGCGCUGAAUCACGAUUUCUUCUGGACCGAUCCUAUGCCUUGUGAUUUGAGUAAAAUGUUGGCGCAGCACACUCAGAGUAUGUUCGAGUAUUUGGCACCACCGAGGAGGCCCGGGCAUAUGCGUCAUCCGCAUCAUCAAGUCCCUGGUGGUCCGACGAAACCGAGUUCGAGUAUGGCCGACAGUGGUUAUCAGGAUCGUGUCUUUUAGUACAAAUAUUUCGUUACGAUGGAAUCAGUCAAGCCGAUGAUCCAUCCUGUACAAAAACCAUUCGAAAGAGUUUCUCCUUCGGAGCGCUUUCUUUCGCAGCGUGUAUGCGUCGGAGUUGUCCGGCUACAAUUCGCUGUUCUUUGUAAUAUAAUCAUGUUAAGAUUUGUGUACUCGUUGAGUAAGAAAGGGAGAAAGAAACGACUUUUUUUUUAUAAACAA